AUGUUCUUCCAACUUUACUUCUUGCUGCUCCUGCAGCUGCCACUCUCUGUGGGCAUGGAAGAAGGGACCCCCUGCCAUGCAAAAAGGGCCUUCAGCCCUGCAUACUAUAGAGAUGGGGAUCUUGUUGUUGGAGGAUUUUUUCCUCUACUUGUAUAUAAAUUGAACAAAUUCCCAUAUUGGAAAUGGUUUUGGCAGAACCCUCAGUAUAUUGAAAAACAUCAUCAGUGGCAGCCCAAACACUACUAUCAGGUCCUGGCUUUAAUGUUUGCUAUAGAAGAGAUCAACAGGAGCACCAAACUGUUACCCAAUAUGACUCUGGGAUUCCACAUCUUCAAUGCCUAUCACAAUGAUGACAGAACCUUGGAGAGCUCCCUGAUGUGGCUGUCAGGACAGAGACAGACCAUUCCCAAUUAUAGCUGUGAGAGGCAGGGCAAGUCUAUAGUAGUCAUUGGAGGAGCCACUUCUGAAUUGACUGUUUCCAUGGGAACCCUACUUGAGCUCUAUAGGUUCCCACAGAUCAGCUAUGGUCUCUUUGAUCCACUCUUGAGUGACCCAGUCCAGUUUCCUUCUGUCUAUCAGAUGGCCUCCAGGGACACCUCUCUUCCUCUUGCCAUGGUUCGAUUAAUGCUGCAUUUCAAAUGGACCUGGGUGGGAUUGGUUGCCUCAGAUGAUUUAAGAAGUGAGAAAUUCCUCAGGGACCUUCAAGAAGAAAUGGCCAGAAAUGAUGUCUGUGUCGCUUUUAUACAGAAUAUCUUUACUGGUCUCACAGAGAAUAAAAGCUACCUUUCUUAUUUUCUAAAAACACUGUCUAGUUCUACAGCCAGGGUGAUUGUAAUUUAUGGAAAUACAGAUACUCUACUGACCAUAAGGUUUAGCGAGGUUCCUCAGACCCUUCUAUACAGAAUGUGGAUCACCAGCAGUCACUGGGAUAUUGCCAAAAAAACAGGUUCUGUCUAUUUUGAUAAUUUCCAUGGAGCUCUGAUAUUCUCAGAGCAGACAAGUAAGAUUCCUGGUUUCAAACAUUUUCUGAAAACCAUUAACCCUGCCAAAUAUCCAGAGGAUAUCUUCCUUCAGAACUUCUGGAAUGCAGCUUUUGGAUGUACAUCUAAACAUGGAAAAGCAGAUGGAACUGUCUGUUCACCAAAUGCUUCUUUGGACACACUUGGAUUGAGCUAUUUAGACAUGACUAUGUCUCACCAGAGUUACACUGUCUACAAUGCUGUAUAUGCUGUAGCCUGGGCCCUUCAUGAAAUGUUCUUAGUGAGAUCAGAAAUGGAAUCCAAUGGAGAUGGGAAGAACUCAGUCACUUAUCCCUGGAAGCUCCACUCCUUCCUGAAGAGCAUCCAGUUUAACAACAGUGCUGGGAAUCAUGUGAUACUGGCUGAGAAGAACUCUGUGGCAAACUAUGAUAUUCUCAACUAUGUGACCUUUGGUAACGACACUGAAGUUCUGGUCAAAGUGGGAGAGUUUAUUUCUCAGGCUCCACUUGGUCAAGAGAUCAUCAUCCAACAGAAGGCAAUAGUGUGGCCCAGAACAUGGGGAGAGCCUCUUCCCUCCAGAUGCAACAAAGUCUGUAGCCCGGGAUUCCACAUAAAAGCCCAGGAGGGAAAGCCUGUCUGCUGUUUUGACUGUACACCCUGCCCACAGGGGCAAAUUUCCAAUCAGACAGGUAAAGAUCAAUGCAUGAAGUGUCCUGAAGACCAAUAUCCAAAUAGGGAGAGGAUUCACUGCCUCCCCAAAGGGUUGAACUUUCUGGCCUAUGAAGAAAUUUUGGGCAUGGCCUUAGCCUCCAUAGCUGCUUCCUUGUCUCUCCUCACAGCUCUGGUUCUCUGGGUCUUUCUGAAGCACAAAGAUACCCCCAUAGUCAAAGCAAACAAUCAAGAUCUCACCUACAUUCUCCUCUUCUCCCUUUCCCUCUGCUUCCUUUGCUCCCUGCUCUUCAUUGGCCCUCCCACUGCAACAAAUUGUCUCCUCAGACAAACAACAUUUGGAGUCAUGUUCACGGUGGCCGUCUCCUCUAUUCUGGCCAAAACCAUCACUGUGAUUCUGGCUUUCAGAGCCACAAGACCAGGCAGCAGGAGCAGAAGAUGGGUGGGAUCCAGAGCACCUAUUUCUCUUGUUGUCUUUUGUACCUUCAUUCAAGUCAUGCUCUGUGCAAUCUGGCUCCUGCUCUCUCCCCCAUUCCCAGAUGCUGACACACACUCUGACCCUGAGCACAUCAUCCUUGAGUGCAAUGAGGGCUCUCUCAUUGCCUUCUACUCUAUCCUGGGCUACAUGGCAUUCUUGGCCCUGGCGAGCUUUACUGUGGCUUUUUUGGCCAGAAAUCUCCCUGACACCUUCAAUGAAGCCAAGUUCAUCACCUUCAGCAUGUUUGUGUUCUGCAGUGUCUGGGUCUCCUUCCUGCCCACAUACCAGAGCACCAAAGGGAAGAUGAUGGUGGCUGUGGAAGUCUUCUCCAUCUUGAGUUCCAGUGCUGGCUUACUAGGCUGCAUCUUCAUCCCCAAAUGCUAUAUAAUCCUUCUGCAGCCACAAAGGAACAAUAGGAAAUUUUUAAAGAAUAAUCCCAUUUCCUGA